UGUCCCAAAAAUAAAUAAACGUUGAAAAAAAAUUAAAAAAAAAAUGAGUAACCAUAAAAAAAAAAAAAAAGAUGCCAGGUGCAAGCCCCAAGUUGUCACCUGGGACAUCUGAGCAACCAGCUAGAAACCAAGGGUUUCCAUGACCCCCACCCCAGUUUUUAUAACUUGCCAGAACAGCUCAAAGAGCCUAGGAAAGUGCUUUAUUUACUAUUACUGGACUAUUUUAAAGGAUACAACUCAGGAAGAGCCAGGUGGAGAUAUACAGGGCAAGAUACAAGGGGAAGGGGGGUGGAGUUUCCACGCCCUCUGUGUGUGCCGCCCUCCCGGUACCUCCGCGUGGUCACCAACUAAAAAGCUCUCUGAACCCCAGUGGUCUUUUUCCAUAGGCAUGAUGGUUAGAUCAUUGACCUUUGGUGAUUAGUUCAAUCUCCAGCCCCUCCUCCCUCCCAGGAGGUCUGGCAGGUGGGGCUGAAAGUUCCAACCCUCUAAUGCCUUGGUCUUUCUGGGGACCAGCCCCCAUCCUGAAGCUAUCUGUUAGUCCCCAGCCAUCACUCAUCUUUUAGUUUACAAAAGACACUUAUCACCCUCAGAGAUUCCGAGAGUUUCAGGAGAAGAGUGCCAGGGACCAGGGACGAAGGCCAAGUAUAUCUUACUGUAUCCCGUCCCUGCUAGAUGGCAGAGCAGGGGCUAGAACCCUAGACUCUUGCGUGGCUCCCAGGAGCCUUGGGUCUAAGAGGAGGCCCUAUGUUUUCACCAGCAUGUGACAGGGGGGCUUUGUUGGAAACCACAGAUCUGACCCCAUACUUGAAACCUUUCUGGAAAAAAAAGUCCUUGAGUGCAUCUGGCCCUGGAGAGGUCAGUGUCUCUCCAGGCACCCCCCCCCCCCCAAACUACUUCUUUCUUUUCUGGCCUCAGGGCCUUUGCACAGCUGGGAGCCUGAUAACACUUCUUCCCUCAGCUACCCAGCUGGCCUUGGAAGCUGUUCCCCAGCAACCCCCAGGGAAGCGAGGCAGAGGCUGCUGGGCCGGGCUGUGUGGCUUUGGCAGGACCCUGCUGAGCCGAGGCCAAGGUGUGUGUCAGCCCCAGCCCCGGCCAGCAGUGUGAUUCACACCGGGCAUCAGCCCAGCCCCAGGAGGUGAAUGGGGACGGUGGCCUCACUUUCCCCUUCAGGACUGUGGCUCAGAGUCAAUACCCGGUUUUGCCAGGCCCGUAUGGGGACCCCAAGGGACCUUGGGCCUAGCUUCACUCUAAGGAGCCCCUAUCCUCAGAGCCAGACACAGACAAUCCCUGGCCUUUUACAACAGCAGUGUCUUCUUUGCUCUGGACCCCUCUUAUGGCUCCCCAGAACCUUCUUGAUAAAACCCAAACUCCGUACUCCUCUCUGACUCCUCCCUAUUCAGUUGUCGUCCACCUCUGGCCCUCUUCUCCCUUGCCUCCAACCACAUCAGCCGCCACGUUCCCUAACCAUGCCUAACUUCUUCCGCCUCAGGGCCUUUGCCCAAGCUGUGUUCUCCACCUGGGAUGCCCUUCCCCCAGCUCUCCUGUGACUAACCCCUUCUCCUCUGGGACUCAGCCCAUCCACCCCCUCUUUGAUUCCUUCCUAGCAGUUUCACACCCCCAAGUUAUUUGAGUUGUUUGUGUCCCCAGACCCAGAUGAGGUCCCACUACAAACUUAGGUGCUCAACAAAUGCCCAAGGUAUGUGAGACUGAGUCUGCCUUGAGACACGUGUAGGGGAAGAAUUCGGGCUCCCCUCUGUGCUCAGAGCUCUAAUUUUCUGUUCAGGACAGGCAGGAAAUAUGUGGAAACCCUCAGCCCUGAUCUAGGUACUGCCCCCACACUGGGUCUGCCUUCUAGAACCCCUUUUCCCCAGGAGGAGCUGGUGGGGAUUGGCUGGAACUUGGCUGUGAGUCACAAAGCCAUUGUGGUACCAGGGCCCCAAGGCUGGCCAUUCGGGCUGGUCGGUUCAGCUUCAAGGGCAGGUCAGAGCCAGCCCAGGGCAGUGUUGCUGCACGUUGCAUGAGAUGAAGGGCUGAAUGAAGGCUGCUUCCUCUUACAAGUUGGCUUCUGAGAUUGCACCUUCUCCUCCUGCUCCUUCGCCAACUCUAUGGCCCUUCAAGGCAGAGCUGACCUGCUCAAGAAGAAAGACAAUGCAGCAAGCAACGCAGCCCCAGUUAUCACCCAAUGGGCAGAGCUUGUACCAGCCCCAGUCCGACCCCAAUCUCCAAGACAAAGCACGGACACUGCGUCCAAAACCUCAGCAUGAGCCACUUGGUUCCAAGGAGAGCCUUCCGCAAGAUCUGGACAAGGACAAGAAGGCGACUCAUCACAUCCCACGCCUCCGGGCUGUGGUUGAGAGCCAGGCCUUCAAGAACAUCCUGGUAGAUGAGAUGGACAUGAUGCUGUCCCGUGCAGCCACCCUCAUCCAAGCCAACUGGAGAGGCUACCGGCUCCGGCAAAAGCUGAUCUCCCAGAUGACGGCAGCCAAGGCCAUCCAGGAGGCCUGGCGACACUUCAACACCAAGCGUCUCCUCCGGUCUGGCAAGUCGGUGGAGAAAAAAGUGAGCGUGGAGGAGGGGGACAUCCCUUACCACCCCCCCCAGCAGGUGCGGUUCCAGCAUCCAGGAGAGAGCAAGUCCCCUCUGGCUCAGCCCAUCAUGGUGAGCAAAGAGACCCAGUUCCCUUCCUCCGACAGCCUGGCUGCCUGCACCCACCAGCUGGUCCUCCUGCAGACCCAGAGUACUCCACAGCCGGGCAUACGGGUCCCUUGUACCAUUGGAGGCCCCAACGUCACCUUCCUACCACACCAGACCGUGGCCAUCAGACUUCCAUGUCCAGUGAGCCUAGAUGCAAAGUGCCGCCCAUGCCUGCUGACAAGAACCGUCAGAAAUUCCUGCCUUGUCCAUGUAGAAGGGGACACAGUGAAGACCAAGCAAGGAACUGCCAGAGCCAGCAAGUCAGGAGCCUCCGGGCCACCACCACCUGUCAGGUCUGCCCCGGCAGUUCACGGAUCACUCAAGACCCAGACCCAGGACCACAUGGAAGCAGAGGUCUUCAAAGCCCCACCCCAGACAGGCCCAGCACCUGUGAUAACCAAGACCCCGCCCCAGCCGUGUGUAGUGCCCACGGGAACAGUAGCCAAGGCCCCACCCCAGAUGUACCCAGCGGCCCGGAUGACCAAGACCCCAACCCCGAUGUACCCAGCAGCCGCGAUGACCAAGACCCCACUCCAGUCUUGCCUGGCAGCCAUGAUGAACAAGACCCCACCCCAGCCAUGCUCGACGCCCACGGCAACAAUAACCAAGACCCCACCCCAGAUGUACCAGGUAGGCCCGGUGGCCAAGGCCUCACCCCAGACAUGCCCGGUGGCUGCAGUGGCUAAGACUUCACCCCAGACAUUCCAGCCAGCCACAGUGACCAAGACUCCAUUACAGUCUUGCUUGGCAGCCAUGGUGAACAAGACCCCACCCCAGCCAUCCCCAGCAGCCCCGGUAUCCAAGACCCCAAGCCAGAUGCGAGCGACAGCCUCGAUAACCAACCCUUCACCCCAGACACGACCGGCAGCCAUGAUGGCCAAGAUCUCACCACAGAUAUGCCUGUUAGCCUCAAUGAUCAAGCCCCCAACCCAGACGCGCCCUGUGGCCGCAAUGACCAAGACUCCGCCCCAGACAUGCCCGGUGCCGGCGGUGGCCAAGACACCUCCCCAGACCCGUCUGGCGGCCAUGGUCACCAAAACCCCAGCCCAAUUCCGCUCGGUGGCUGCCAUCAUCAGGACCCUGUGCCUGCCACCUCCAACAGCUGGAAAUUUGAAGUCUUCACCUCCAGCGGCAGCAGCAGCCGGAGUUCCCAACACCUCAUCCCCCACGUAUCUGAACGGACCAAAGGCCAAGGCUGUGGUGGAUGCAAAGCAGACAACAGGGAUGGUCAAGAUCUCAUCCCACUCAUCCUUGCCUGAGGGAAAGGUCAAAUACUUUCCCCCACCACAUCUGGGGGCUGGGACUCCCAAGGCUCCAGCCAGGCCUCCUUUAGAAGCUGAAAAACUCAAGACCUUCUCCCAGAAACAGGUGAAAACGGAAACAGUAUCCAACACCAGUCUGGCCGUUGAAACGCCCAGGGCUUCGCCAUGGGCAAAAGUGACUGAGGACAGGAACAAGUCCUCAUUACAGACACACCUGAGGACCGAUGUCAUGAAGGUUCAAUCCCAGGCGUAUGUGCCUGUAGAAACAGCUGUGGUCCUACCCCGGGGCGAGCCGGCCACACGUCCGGCCAAGGCCGCGGGAACAUGUCUGGCCAAAGCUCUGCCCCAGGAACGGCUGGCCACAUGUUCAACCACAGCCUCGUCCCAGGGACAGCUGCUUGCUGAAUUGACCGCGACUCUGCCCCAGGCACAUCUGGGCCCAUGUCCGUCCAAGGCCCUGUCCCAGGCACGUCCAUCUGCCAAGCUGACCAAGACCCCAUCCUUUGCACAUCUGGGCACAUGUCUGACCAAAGCACAGUCCCAGGCACAUCUGGCCACAGGAGCAGUAAAGGUCCAAUCUCAAGCACAUCUGCCUACCGGGCUGACCAAGGUGCACUCCCAGGCCCAGCUGGUCACAGAAGCAGCCAAGUGCCUCUAUGGAACCCACCAACCUGCUGAGCUCAGCAGCAAGACCCGGUCGCAGCCGCUCUUGGCUGGGUUCAGGGCCUCCUCCCAGCCUUGUCAUCACGUUGGUGCCCUUGGCACUCUGCCCCGAGCCAAGCCAGAGGACAGACUGACCCGGAUCCAGCCCCACAGCCACGCACAGGGCAAAGCCACCCAGGGCCCAUGCCAGGGGUCCUCCGAGACCCAGAGCAUGCUGAUGCCCCUGUCGGCAUCUGCCAGACACCCCACGUGCAACAUUGAAUCCUGGGGUGACAGUGGAGCUACCCGGGCCCAGCCGUCGAUGGCCGGCCCAGCCACACCCUGCCAGGAAGAGCUGGCAGCCUCCCAGCUCGCCUCCCUGUGUGCCGAGCUGGCCGCCGAGCUGGGCUCCCAGGAGGACCUCCGUGCCCUGCUGGCGAAAGCCCUCUCCCAGGGGCAAGUGAGGGCAGCCCUGAACCAGGCCCUGACAAAGAAAGUCCUGGGUGCCACGAUGACCAAGGCCCUGCCCCAGGGCAUGCUGGGCACAGCGCUGAUGAAAGUGCUAUCCUGGGGUGAGCUGGGCAUUGCCCUGUCCUGCACCCUGACCCCCACCGAGCUCCGGGCAAAACUCGCUAAGGCCAAGCAGGGCAAACUGGCGGGCGUGCUCAGCAAGGCGCUGACGGAGGAGGAGUGGGCAGCGCUGAGCCAGGCCCUGUGUCAGGGGGAGCUAGGCGCGGUCCUGAGCCAGUCUUUGUCUCAGGCAGCCCUGAGGACCGGAGUCGUCCUCCCCAAGGCCACCUCGCAAACAGCAGGAAGCAGGAUGACUAUGAUGCCGACCCCAGUGGAGGUGGGGAGCCCAUCAGCUGCGUGGGGGCCCACCCUAGGCCUCGUGAGACCACAGCCCAGCAAGGUCAGGGUUCCCCAGGAUGGGGCCUGGGAGGGCUUCUUCACAGGCAGGCCUGCUGGGUUCUUAGCAGAGAUGGGGGAUGGGGCCAUGCUCGGGGGGUCACCCUGCUCGUCGGUGGUCUCCAUGGGUGCCUCCCUAACUAGUAGAGUGAUCACCACUGUUCAUCAGUACCUCCUAAUUGCUGCCCUGGACCCCACUCCAUCACGGGAGAGGGGGCCCAGCAGGGACUCCUCCUCAAACCUGUAUCUGAAUCCUGAGGUCAGUGAGGAAACUGUGUGCCUCCCCCCAGCGGCCGGUGAAUUGGCAUCGGAUCUCAACCCCGUGGAGAGCGACACGGGCCCCGAUUUGCCCAGGCCACCCCUCCUGCAGCUGCCCCCCCGUCUGUGGCAGCCGCUCAUUGUCAACGGUGUGGGCCCAAGCACCAGCCAGCCGUCAGUGGCCGGUGGCACAGCCCAGAGCUCCCAUAAGCCACAUGUCAGCAGGGUGGCCCCACAUCCGUGGGCCUCGUCGAGGGAGGGCAGGGUGGCCCCGGCUAUGCCUCCCCGCACUGUGGGUGGCGGGAAGGCCUCCCACUCCCACCGGUGUGUCGCUGCCUAUGGGGGAUCCGUUUGUUGGUGUCGGCCCUCCGGGGUCAACAAGGUGCCCCCCGGCGUAUACCGGUCAUCGGCUACCAAAGUUCCACGACAGCCAUCUGUGGUCCGUGAGGACGCCGUGCAGAAAACUCAGUCCUCAAAUCACAAACGGGCCUCCCCGGACCCUAGGGAGAGAAUCGGCAAGGCGACCUCAGGUCCACGGAGGGCUGCCACUGUGAGCAAAGCACCCCUAGCCCAACCACAGACUCCCGAGGCCUGUGACAUAAGCCUAGGUCUCUUGCCUGGCUCCGCGGCUCCCGGUCAUCGCUGGGCACUCAAGACUCAGGUAGAUCCCAGUGUGUUCCAAGCGUCCCCAGGCAGUAGGUUGGCACACCCCCUGCCCGGUACAGCCAUCCCUCGGCAGGAGAGGAAGCGGACCGAGGGUACCACUUCCCGUGGGCACUGCCCACGGGAGCAAGUGACUGGCCGUAUACUCAAUGAACUGGUGGCCGGUUUGCCACAGGGUCUGGACAAUGACCUGUCCGGAAGCCUGUCCCCAGACUCCACAGACUGUGGCCCGAAUGUGAGUAAUUCCCAGAGCUCAUUGCCCAGCUGUAGUUCACUCAGCCUUUCCACCAUGUCUGUGACCAGUCUGACUGCUAUCGACCUGGCGGAGGAGGAGUCCUUGGAGGCCAGCUUGGAUAGGGACAUCCGGGUAGAUGCCCUCCUCUCUGGAGAGGCCGAGGGGGGGCCUCAGGGGCCUGGAGACAGGGAAGAAACUAGGGAGGUGAGCUGGCCACACACGACUCCAAACCUCCACCACCCUCCCUCUGCGGGUUCAGAGCCGAUGCCCAUUCUGCACCACAGCUCAGUGUCCGGUCAUGUGACCUUGAGUGUCCACUGGGGCUCAGAUGAUCCGGAUGAGAGGGAUGUGUCUUCAGGCCAAAGCUCCAUGGAUCUGAAGAAGAGCUUGUCCCGGAAAUCCUAUAGAACAGGACUGACCAGAAGUGUGUCUUUGGGUAAUGUGGCCCCUACCGUGUAUCAGCAGCCCUCUGGGGCCAGUAGAUUAACCUCAAGCCUCUCCCUGCCAUCAGUAGCAGAUAACAUGGCUCCAAACCCGCAACAGCCAUUUAAAGUCAGUAGGGUCACCCCCAGCCUAUCUGAAUCGUCUAUGACUACUAAGGUCACCCCCAGCCUAGCCCAGCCAUCUGUGACAGGUGGGGUGGCCCCCAACAUGGACCAGGCAUCUGUGGCCAGUAGGGUGACUCCCAAUCUAGCCCAGCCAUCUGUGACAGGUGGGGUGGCCCCCAACAUAGACCAGGCAUCUGUGACUGGUAAGGUGGCCCCCAGCCUAGCCCAGCCAUCUGGGACCAGUGGGGUGGCUCCCAAUUUAGCCCAGGCGUCUGUGACCAGUAGCGUGGCCCCCAGCCUAGCUCAGCCGUCUGUGACCGGUGGGGUGGCCCCCAGCCUAUCCGAGGCAUCUGUGACCAGUGGGGUGGCUCCCAGCCUAGCCCAGCCAUCUGUGACUGGUGGGACAGCUUCCAACUUAGCCCAGGCAUCUGUGACCAGUAACGUGGCCCCCAGCCUAGCCCAGCCAUCUAUUACUAGUGGGGUGGCCCUCAACCUAGCCCAACCAUCUGUGACUGGUGCCGUGGCCCCCGAACUAGCCCAGCCAUCUGUGAUUGGUAGGGUGGCCCCCAUACUAGCCCAGCUAUCUGUGACUAGUGGGACAGCUCCCAACUUAGCCCAGGCAUCAGUGAUCAGUGUCGUGGCCCCCAGCCUGGCCCAGUCAUCUGUGACUAGUGUGGUGGCCCCCAACCUAGCCUGGCCAUCUUUGACUAGUGUGGUGGCCCCCAACCUAGCCCAGGCAUCCAUGACCGGUGGGGUGGCCCCCAGUCUAGCCCAGCCAUCCGUGACUGGUGGGGUGGCCCCCAGCCUAGCCCAGCCACCUGUGACCAGUGGGGUGGCUCCCAAUCUAACCCAACCAUCUGUGACUGGUGCCAUGGCCCCCAACCUAGCCCAGCCAUCUAUGACUGGUAGGGUGGUCCCCAGACUAGCCCAGCCAUCCGUGACCAGUGGAGUGGCCCCAAAUCUAGCCCAGGCAUCAGUGAUCAGUGGGGUGGCCCCCAGCCUAGCCCAGCCAUCUGUGACCAGUGGGGUGUCCCCCAACCUAGCCCAGCCAUCUAUGACUAGUGCCGUGGCCCCCAACAUAUCCUGGUCAUCUGUGACUAGUAUGGUGGCCCCCAACCUAGCCCAGGCAUCUUUGACCAGUGGGGUAGCCCCCAGCCUAGCCCGGCCAUCCACGACCAGUGGGGUGGCCCCCAGCCUAGCCCAGCCACCUGUGACCAGUGUGGUGACCCCCAGCCUAGCCCAGCCAUCUGUGACUGGUAGGGUGGCUUCGAACCUAGCCCAGCCAUCUAUGACUAGUGUGAUGGCCCCCAGCCUAGCCCAGCCAUCCGUGACCAGUGGAGUGGCCCCAAAUCUAGCCCAGGCAUCAGUGAUCAGUGGGGUGGCCCCCAGCCUAGCCCAGCCAUCUGUGACCAGUGGGGUGUCCCCCAACCUAGCCCAGCCAUCUAUGACUAGUGCCGUGGCCCCCAACAUAUCCUGGUCAUCUGUGACUAGUAUGGUGGCCCCCAACCUAGCCCAGGCAUCUUUGACCAGUGGGGUAGCCCCCAGCCUAGCCCGGCCAUCCAUGACCAGUGGGGUGGCCCCCAGCCUAGCCCAGCCACCUGUGACCAGUGUGGUGACCCCCAGCCUAGCCCAGCCAUCUGUGACUGGUAGGGUGGCUUCGAACCUAGCCCAGCCAUCUAUGACUAGUGUGAUGGCCCCCAGCCUAGCCCAGCCAUCUGUGACCAGUGGAGUGGCCCCCAACCUAGCCCAGCCACCUGUGACCAGUGUGGUGACCUCCAGCCUAGCCCAGCCAUCUGUGACCAGAGGGAUGGCCCCCAACCUAAUGCAGGCAUCUGUGACCAGUAGGGUGGUCCCCAGCCUAACACAGCUACCUGUGACUGGUGGGAUGGCCCCCAGCCUUGCCUGGCCAUCUGUGACCAGUGGGAUGGCCCCCAACCUAAUGCAGGCAUCUGUGACCGGUAGAAUGGCCCCCAGCCUAACACUGCUACCUAUGACUGGUGGGGUGGCCCCCAGCCUAGCCCAGCCACCUGUGACCAGUGUGGUGACCUCCAGCCUAACCCAGCCAUCUGUGACUGGUAGGGUGGCCCCCAACCUAGCCCAGCCAUCUAUGACUAGUGUGAUGGCCCCCAGCCUAGCCCAGCCAUCUGUGACCAGUGUGGUGACCUCCAGCCUAGCCCAGCCAUCUGUGACUGGUAGGGUGGCCCCCAACCUAGCCCAGCCAUCUAUGACUAGUGUGAUGGUCCCCAGCUUAGCCCAGCCAUCUGUGACCAGUGGAGUGGCCCUCAACCUAGCCCAGCCACCUGUGACCAGUGUGGUGACCUCCAGCCUAGCCCAGCCAUCUGUGACCAGUGGGAUGGCCCCCAACCUAAUGCAGGCAUCUGUGACCAGUAGGGUGGUCCCCAGCCUAACACCGCUACCUAUGACUGGUGGGGUGGCCCCCAGCCUAGCCCAGCCAUCUGUGACCAGUGGGGUGGCCCCCAGCCUAGCCCAGGCACCUGUGGCUACUAGGGAGCCCCUCAGCCUAUUCCAACCAUCUGUAAUGAGUGGUACGAGCUGUGCAGUUGGUCAGUCAAGUCGGCCCCCUAAAGUGGGUUCAAAUCUACCAUCAUCAAGGGUGAAUGCCGUGGCCCCGAGUCGGCGUCAUCCAUCGGUCGUGACUGAAGUCCCCCCGAGUGCAUCAUAUCCAUCUGGGACCAGCAGCAUGGGUCAAGGUCUGAGCCAGCCAUCUGUGACCCCUGGGGUGGACCCAUGUCAAGAUCCUGUAAUGGUUAGUGGGGUGGCCUCACACCCCCAGGCCCCUGAGUUCAGUGAGGUGUCCCUUGAAUGUCAUCAGCCAUUCAGUGUCAGGGGGAGGUGCCCAAGUAGGACUGCACAUUCUGCUGUUGCUGUUUCAGCCCCAAACCUCUACCAGGUGCCUGUGGCUAGUGGAGAGGACUCUUGUCUAGACCAGGGAGCCGGUAUAUCUCCGGGGGCUCUGUUCAGGGGCAUGGCUACCAGCAUGUCCCCAGGUGCCAUGGCUGCCGGCAUGUUCCCAAAUAUGUCUCGGGGGACCCUGGCUGCUGGUAUGUUCCUAAGUGUGUGUCCGGGACCUGUGUGUCCAGGCAUCGCAGGGAGUGUGUGCCAGAGAAGUGCGGUAACUGGUGUGGGCCCAGACCAGUUUCAGGUGGCCAGUGGGACCCCCACUGCAUCCCCGGGCUCUGUGGCAGGUGUCCCUUUGGUUCGUGAACAAGCCUCAGAGGCGGGUCCUGGUUUCUCCCGGGCUUCAGUGCCCAACAGACAGGGUAGGAGUCCAUUCAAGUUUUCCCAGGCCAGCGUGGCCCCCAAUAUUUCUCCGGUCAAUGUCGAUCUCCCAACACCUUUGAACCACCAGCAUUCUUCUGUGUCCACAAUUGUGGCACCAGGUUACCAACAAGCAAACACUGUCAGCCAGGAGCCUGUGAUGGGCACAGACAAUGGCCUGGUGCCAGGUGCUGUAGCCAAUAGGAUGGCCACAGCUAUGGCCCCAGGUGCUGUGGCCAGUGGUGUGGCCCCCAGCCUUCCUCCUGGGUCUGUGAUCAGAGGUGUGGGCCAAAGCCUGCCUCCGGGGCCCGUGAUCAGUGACGUGCUUCCCCACCUUCCACCAGGUUAUGUGGUCAGUGGUGUAGCUCAAACCCUUCCCCCAGGGUCUGUGAUCUAUGGUAUCAGCCAUAGCCUUCCCCCAGGAUCCGUGAUCAGGGGCAUGGGCCAGGGUCUUCCUCCAGAUCCCAUGGCCAGUGCUGUGGCCCAGAGCUUUCCUCUGGGUUCUGUGGCCAGUGGCAUGACCAGGACCCUGUGUCCAGGUUCUGUGGCCCCCAGUCUGAUUGCAGCGUCUGGGGCUGGUGGGAUGAGGCAAAGCCUCCCUGUAAGAUGCGCAGUUAGUUUCACUGCUCCGAGCCUUGUCCCAGGUUCAGUGGCGAGUGAGGUGGCCCCAAAUGUCUCCCCUGAGUCUGUGGCCUCUAUUAUGGUUCCAGCAUCUAUGGCUGGGGGACUGAAUGGGGGCCUGGUUCUGGGGUCCAGGGCUAGCGCAGCUGGCCUGCCCUCCACAGUCGGAAAUGUGGCCCAGAGCCUUCCCCAGGGGUCCAUGCUGAUCAGGAUCACUCCCCGUCCUUACUACGGAUCCCUGGCUGGGGAAGGGUCUAUAGCCCCCUUCCAAGCAUCCCGUGCCAUUGGCCUGGCUCAACUUCAUCCCCGGGCUGGGGAAGCUAGUGGCACAACCUGGAGGGUGCACCAAAGGCCCACGGUUCUACAAAGAGCCUCACAGUUGAGCCACGCUCUUGGGAUGAUGCCAUUUGAGACCACAGAUGACCAGGUCAUGAUGAAGCCAGAGGACCUGGAGAAGGCUCUGUCCCAGGCGUCCGAAUCCAGUGGGGAGUCCAUAGUCCUCGAGGAAACCCCGUGGAUGCCCCAUAGCCUCCCAUCAACUGACAUCAACCACAGCCUCCAGGUCCUUCCCAACGGUCAAAAGCCAUUGUUGGAGGAGGUGGUUCCCAGUGAAACCAAGUCGCUGACCAGUGGCAUGGCCCCUGUCCCUCCCCAGGCCCUGAGUAUUGCCAAGCACUGGAGGGCAGGUGGCGUCACUGCAGCUCUGCAGCAGGGGUCAGCAACCACUUGGGGGGCCCCCAGUUCCCACUUUGUGACAACUAGCAGGGUCCCCAGUGUGUACAUGGAGUCUGUCAGAGCUACCGGGGCCCCUUUGGCUCAUCAACGGGCAACAGCGGCUCAUGGGUCCCAGAGCCCCUCGGUGGAUCUCAUUGUGCCUCAGAACCCCUUCGUGGAUCACGUGCCCCAGAGCCACGCCCACGAGGCGGGGGCUUCUACCAUAGUCACAGGGUCACCCAAGCUGGCCCAUGGCAGCACUAUAACAUCCAGUUUGCACCCAGGGUCGGUAGCUGGGAUGGGGACCCCCAAGACUUCCCAGAGGUCAGGGGCCGCCAGGGUGGCCUCACAUGUGCCGCUUUAUCCGCCCAGGGUGAGUGGGGUGGCAUCUGGUGGGUUCCAGACAGAAGCUGUCCCCAGAACACACGAGAAGCCAGCGUCUGGGGAUCCGGCUCAGACCAGCCGCAAAUUUCUUGGCUCUAGAAAAUCCUAUAGGUCCGUGCCUGGUAGUCUUGUGUCGGAAAUGCUAGAUGAUAAGGUAGCCAGGAUCGUGCCCUCACGUGACGUGCGAGAGCAGGCCCACAGGUCCUCACGGCAAAGUCCCGAACACCUCCCGGCUACGCCACCAGCCAUAACACCCAUCACGCGUACUGAGGCGACACAUGACAUGGGCAUCCCUGGGCUGCACCCAGAGUUUCGGAGGGUGUCUCUGGGCUAUGAGUCUUCACCUGGCGGUUCCCGGAGGCCCCUUUUAAUCCAGGAGCCAACAUGGGGGUCUCGGGAUUUCCAGAGCGCUGUGGCUCCUACAGAUAGUCCUAGGGCACUCCUGACUCCCGCUGUACUCCAGGGCCCCGCGGACGCCGUCAGAGCUGGUGGCCAAGCGCGGAACUCUGCCGUCCCCAGUGGAGCCGUCGGGCCCGUGGACGGCGCAGUGACCCCUGGUGGCCCGUGGGAGCCGGCCAGGGCUUCUGUGCCGGGGGACACUGUGGGCAGAGAGGCAGCGGUGAAUCCCAGGCAGCCGGGGAAGCUGAUGGCAUCGAUGCAGGUCGUGGAGAAGAUAAUCAUCCGCGCUGUGGUCAUUAUCCAGGCGCGCACACGUGGCUACCUGGCACGCCGCGCCAUCAAAGCGUGGCACCAGUGGGCCGUCAUCAUCCAGGCCGCCUGGCGUGGCUACCGUGUGCGGCGGGACCUGGCCCGGCUCUCCAGAGCUGCCACCGUCAUCCAGGCCGUGUGGCGGGGCUUCUGUAUCCGCCGGGGCCAAACCCCGCCAGCGUUGCUCCAGGGGGUGUGGGCCGAGAUGGGCGGCAGGACCGGGUGGACCUCUGACCACCGCUGCUUCCAGUCCUGCCAGCCGCACGUCUGCCCCCUCUGCCAGUCCCUGAGUCCCAGGGCGGGGAGCCCGCCCAGUGUGGUGAUGCUCGUGGGUUCCAGCCCCCGCACGUGCCACAUGUGUGGCCACACCCUGCCUACUCGGGUGGUGCACGGCAUGGGCCGGGGCGCCAGAGUCCAGGCAGGCGUCCCAUGGGGCUCUGGCACCCAGACAAUCCCCGGGAGCCCCCGGCAGUCCCGUCGCCAGAGUGAGGCAGCCGCGACCAUCCAGUCGGCGUGGAGGGGCUUCAGCGCACGCCGCCAGCUGAGGCAGAAGCAGGUGGCAGCCAAGACGCUUCAAGCCACCUGGCGCGGCCAUCACACUCGGGCCACCCUCACCACGGAUGCGCUCUUGGGACCAGCAGCAUGGGACGAUCCGCAGUACAUGCAGUGGCCGGGUGUCUAGGACAUUGACCGACUGGUGGGGGGACACCAGGAGAGGGGCAAUGUGGCUCUUAGGGUCUAGUGAAUAAAGCCCUCCACAGCCUGA